GGUGGAGCCGUUCAGAAAUAUCAGUGGGCUCCCUCUCUGUGAAGAGAGCAAGACUUCCACUACCCCUCAUCAGGGGGAGUCAUGAGAACGAUAUCACACACUCUACACACACUCUUCUGCCAUAAACCCGCUUCCCGACAGCACCACUUUUAACAGCGCAUUUCCCAGGGUUUGAAAAGGAGCCCUCCAGAAGAGAGAGAGAGGGAGAGGGAGAGGGAGGGAGAGACGUCCGGUUAAACACCACUACAAGACUGACUCUUUUAAGACUUUCAAGCUGCAUCCCAUACCCAUUGAGCCGUCUUUGAUUCUGGAUGUUGAGGAGGAGCCGGAGCUGUGGGCAUUGUGUUGGUGCUGCGUGGUGCCUGUGCACCCUGGCUGGGACGAGCCCGCGGCCCUGGACCCCCAAGCCGGGACGGGGCACGGGCAGAGCGCCAUGGUAACGCACAGCAGGCUCGACAGCGCCAUGAGCAGCAGCCCCUUCCAAGGCGGAGUAAGCCUGCCUGCCCACCGCUACAAGACCUUCAGCUCCAGGGCACAGUAUCAGAUGGUGCUGGCGGCUGUGCGCAAGCUGCAGGAGAGUGGCUUCUACUGGGACGCUGUGAGUGGGAAGGAGGCCAGCGCCCUGCUGAGCACUGAGCCACCCGGCACUUUCCUGGUGCGUGACAGCUCUGACAACCGCCACUUUUUCACCUUAAGCGUCAAGACAGCCACGGGCACCAAGAAUCUGCGCAUCCAAUGUGACGCCUGCUCCUUCUUUUUGCAAACGGACCCGCGCAGCUUGCAAACUGUUCCACGUUUUGAUUGUGUGCUGAAACUCAUUCAUCAUUACAUGCCCUCUGCCAGAGAAACGGGGGCUGUGGUCUCAUCUGGAGUGGACAGUGAAGGUGGCAGCAGUGGAGCAGAUGGGAGUACCUACUUCAUUUACUCUGGAGGAGAGAAAAUCCCACUGGAGCUGCUGCGCCCUCUGGCCUCCAGCAUGUCCACACUGCAGCAUCUCUGCCGCAAGACACUUAACGGCCACAUAGAUGUGUCUAGUAAACGGGACCAGCUGCCUCAGUCGCUCCAGGAGUUCCUUGAGGAGUAUGAUGCACCCAUAUAACAACCAUCACAUGGUUCUGGAGCACAGAGACUGAACAAGAUAUACAGAACUGUAUGAUGAGCAGUGGUGGAAUUGACCAGCAAAAGCCCACAGGAAGAUGGAGAGCAGUGCAGUGUUACAAAGCUCUGGAGUUCAAUAAGUGUAAGAGUUGUCUGCUCUGAGAAGCUCUCAGCUUCUAUCAGUAUUGCAGGCCAGCUUUGGCCUACUGUGCCUUCACCCUCUAUAGUGUGACCUUUGGCAGGGGGUUGCUGUUUGAUGGACAGCACAAAGUAUGGACUCGCAUGCAAUGGGAUGAACAGCAGAGCAGCCAGGACCGAAAGCAGAUGAUCAGAGGCAUUCUGCUUUAGCCUCGUAUUUUUGGAGUCUGUUCUUGGGUCUGUUUUAAAAAAAAAAAAACACAAACCCUGUUGAAUAUUAACACAGUUGAUAGGUUAUCAGUACAAGGGUUGAAUGUGCUGCUAUGGCUGAGUUGCAGCCUUUGCUAUAUGAAUAUAAAGCUCUCUCACACAGUUUCAUCCCCAGUUGACACACUGACUGUUGAAAGAAGAGUUUUGGAUGUCUGUGUUUGAGGGAGUGCCUAGUGUCGGCUGUUUGAAAUGACAUAUAUAUUUCCACUGCGGGCUGCCAAGCAUAAUUGCCUCAUAGGCUGAUGUGGGGAAGUAAACGGGGCGGCUACUCACUACUGGCACCGCUGUGUCAACACUGGCAACUGUGCGGGGUCACAACACAGGACUGAUGUUUAAAAGUGCAUCAAUACAAAGGAUCAAAGUAGACAAGAGAGGCCUCUGAUGUUACAGCAGUCUCAGAAGGAAAGCUUAGUGGACUGUUGUAGCUUUAUUUUUGACAGGCAAAGUGUCUCAGUUUUGCUGGGAAAUGCCAGAUCAUUAUAGAACAUUCAACAUGCUGGUGAUGAUAUUACAAUACAACACAAACUUCCAAGAGUUGACAGUUCAUGUACUGUGAAACAAAGCCAAGCACAGUAUGCAAAAUCCUUAUUUACCAAUCCUGGAGUUUGACAUGGAGGAUCGUGUUCCUCUCAAAUCAGAGGCGUUCCUUCUGUAUGCGCUAAGAAGUAAUCAGUCAUGCCUCAUAUCCCUCAUUCAGUAACAAUGACGUAGUGUUUCUUCAGCAACACACGCUGUCUACAAUUAAAUGAAUGUAUUGUAAGUCAGUGGAAGGGCUUAUGGUUCAACUUGUUAUUCUUUUCUCGCUUUUUUGUAUUUUGUCAAAUAGAGACGAUGUUUACAUGUGUCACCACAAGAGGACAACAUGUUUUUUGUACUCUGUCUUUUAUAAAGAUUUGGCAUCUUAAGGUCUAGUCUAAUGACCCACAGUGCAAGCUUGAAAAUCAGAAAACCUGAAAACAAUGGCAUUACAACAGAAAAUGCAGCAAGGAACUUUGCACAUAUUUAUAUUUAUAAAAUAUUUCGAUAAUUUAUAUUAAAGAGUACUAUUUUUACAAAAUG